UUUAAAUUACAGCAACAUUCAGCUAACAACUGUGUAAACAGAAAUCAUGGUCAUUAUGAGUACCCGUAGUACGUUAUACAACAUUGUAACCGGUGCCCAAAUGGCUGGUUUUGUGGGCAAAAAUGUUUCGGUUUAUGGUUUCGUAAGUGGAUCCCGUGUGGGAGAUAGAACGUUUACUUUACGUUCAUCGGACGAUUUGAUGGUUUCUGUCGAGUUAGACAAGCCACUCACUGAAGACAUCGAUGGAUAUGUGGAGGUAAAAGGUGUGUGUCAGCACGGUAAAAAAAUAAAGGCUAAUGAAUUUUUUACCUUCAAUAAUGACAAAUUUAAUUCCAAUCAUCACGUCGAAUUAUGCAAGAUUUUGAACAGUUUACCUAACAUUUAUCGAAGCCAGAAGCCUUGAGGCUUGUUAACAUUUUCAUUUACAUGUUAUUUAACGUAAUUUAGUUUUUGUAUCAUAAAUUAAUAAUAAAAACUACUUUUCAGAAA